AUGGAUUCCCCCACUCCGUCGCCGUCCAUUGCAAAUUAUUACUACAAAAAUUUCUUAGCGGAUGAGGGUGACUCGACCGAUGAGGAGGUCGAGCAAGAGGCGGUUACGAGUGCGUGCGAACUAGCGGCUCGUUAUUUUAAACAUUAUAGCGAGCCUCAACGUAAGAUUUUACCAAGAGAAUAUAUUCAACGAGACCGACAAGCGGCAAACGACCGGUUGAUUAAAGAUUACUUCGCUAAAGCGUCUACUUACCCAAACCCUGAAGUUUUUAGGCGUCGUUUUCGGAUGAGUAAACAUUUAUUUCUACGCAUCGUUGAAGACUUGGAAAACACGUAUGAUUAUUUUAAACAAAAGGCUGAUGCGAAAAAGACACUUGGAUUCACCGAUAUUCAAAAGUGUACUUUAGCUCUAUGGGUCCUUGGGUACGGAAACACGACUGACAUCAACGACGAAUAUUUAAAAACGGCCGAGAAAACAACGCGAGAUACCUUGGAGCAUUUUUGUAAAGGGCAUCCACUUCGUAGUCCGCUUAGGGUCUACAAAAAUGUUGGAACAACCCUGAUGAUCGGAAGCUUGGAUUGUCGACAUUGCCAGUGGUAUAAUUGUCCGACCGCAUGGCGAGGUCAACACACACGAGGUGAUCAGGACGGACCAACUGUUAUUUUUCAAGCGGUUGCCUCACAGGACCUUUGGGUAUGGUCGGCUUACUUUGGUGUUGCAUGGUCAUGCAAUGAUUUAAACGUUUUCGAGCAGUCUCCAUUGGUAGAAUACUACAUAUCUGGUCGAGCUGCCAAAGCAUCUUUUUAUGCAAACGGGAACUACUACCCGCAUGGAUACUAUUUAUGCGAUGGAAUUUAUCCGAAGUAUUCAAUUGUCGUGAAGACGUUCAGGGACUCGUACAAUGAAAAAAGAGCUCACUUUAAAAAGGUUCAAGAGUCUUCGCAGAAGGAUAUUGAGAGAUGCUUUGGGGUUCUUCAACAACGGUGGCAUUAUUUGAGAAAUCCUUGUCGUGCUUAG